GGAGCCGCAACCCGGCUGGGUCCGAGCUGUCAGGGCGCCCGGGCUCCAGUCGCCAGCCCGGCCGCGAUCGGGGUUCUCCGGCUGGGUCAAGUGACGGAGCGUCUCGCCGGGGGCCUCCGGUACCGAGCGAGGCGAGGCCGUUAACGGGAGGAGCGCUCCCCUGCUGCCUCCCUUCCCUCUGGGCAGCCGCCGGUGGGCGCUCACCCCUUCGGGACAGCCCCGCCAUGGAAGCGGUCCCGACAGGGGAAAUCAGUGUCCAAGAUGAGGCUGUGGAGAAAACUACCUUUAAGGAAUGCAACCAGAUUGCUUUUUACAGGCGUCAGAAACUUCUACAUCCUGGAAAGUCAUUGUAUCGAGCAUUGUUGGAUUCAGUCACACUAAGUGAUGAGAAUGUCAAAUUCCAAAUUAUUCAUGAGGAAAAUCAGGUUCUUCUACAAGUAGAAAUUUUUGAAAUUGAAGGCAAUAUUUUCAGGCUUAAAAUUGAUGAGGCAGCUCCUCUCAGACCAAGAUACAAAGUUCCUGAUGUUCUUAUAAAGGAACCUGCCACCCAGAGGCUCUCUGUAUCACAGAAGGAGGCAGGUGUUUUGGUGCUGUCAAGUGUUAAUGAGGACUACAAACUUCAGAUCACUGCAAAUCCCUUCCAGGUUGAGCUACAGUCCAAGGAUGAGAUUGUUCUGAGCAUUAAUUCCAAUGGGUUGCUAUAUUUUGAGCACCUACAACCACCUCCCAGUGAUAGAAAAUCUACAGCAGAAAACAAGGAGGAGGCAGCAAGUGAUUCUUCUAAGGAGAAAGAAGAGGAUCUAGGUCUCUGGCAAGAGAAAUUUGGCAAAUUCUUAGACAUCAAAGCUCAUGGUCCUAGUUCUGUAGGCAUGGACUUCUCUUUACAUGGAUUUGACCAUGUUUAUGGAAUACCACAACACACAGAAACACUUCUUCUCAAAAACACCAGUGAUGGGGAUGCCUAUCGGCUUUAUAAUUUGGAUAUCUUUGGCCACAAGAUACAUGACAAAAUUGGCAUUUAUGGGUCUGUGCCCCUUCUCUUAGCACACAAGCCUAACAGAACUUCAGGGAUCUUCUGGCUGAAUUCUUCAGAAACGCUGGUGGAUAUUAGUACAAAGGCAGUAGCUGAGCACAUGCCACUUGAAUCUGCUGCAGAGCCUGCUAAGCAGAGAGCAGUGCCUCUGACUGAUGUGCGUUGGAUGUCAGAAAGUGGGAUCAUUGAUGUUUUCCUGCUGAUGGGACCCACUCCAUUUGAUACCUUCAAGCAGUUUGCACAACUGACAGGCACUCAAGCCCUGCCUCCUCUUUUUUCUUUGGGCUACCACCAGUGCAGGUGGAAUUAUGAGGAUGAGCAGGAUGUCAAGGCAGUGGAUUCUGGCUUCGAUGAACACGACAUUCCUUAUGAUGUGAUAUGGCUUGACAUAGAGCACACGGAUGGCAAGAGGUAUUUUACUUGGGACAAAAAGAAAUUCCAGAACCCCAGAAAGAUGCAAGAACAUCUUAGGAAAAAAAAACGCAAGCUUGUUGUCAUUGUAGAUCCCCACAUUAAGGUUGAUCCCAUGUAUACCCUGUAUUCACAGGCAAGAGACAAAGGGUAUUUUGUGAAAGACAGAAAUGGAAAAGAUUUUGAAGGCAUCUGUUGGCCAGGUUCCUCUUGUUACCUGGAUUUCACCAACCCUGAAGUGCGCAGAUGGUAUGCAGAUCAAUUUGCCUUCAAAACAUACAAGGGAUCCACAAACAUCCUCUUUGUGUGGAAUGACAUGAAUGAGCCUUCAGUCUUCAAAGGGGCAGAACUAACAAUGCAGAAAGAUGCUGUGCACUACAACAACUGGGAGCAUCGGGAAGUACACAACCUCUACGGAUUCUACCAGCAAAUGGCAACUGCAGAAGGGCUCAUCAGACGUUCUUCAGGAAAAGAAAGACCAUUUGUCCUGACACGAUCUUUCUUUGCUGGAUCACAGAAGUAUGGGGCAGUGUGGACUGGAGACAACACAGCAGAGUGGGCUUACUUGAAAAUAUCCAUUCCAAUGCUUCUCACCAUCAGUAUGGCAGGGAUUUCAUUCUGUGGAGCUGAUGUGGGAGGGUUUAUUGGAGACCCAGAACCAGAAUUACUUGUUCGCUGGUAUCAGGCUGGAGCCUACCAGCCCUUCUUCAGAGGUCAUUCUAACAUGAAGAGCAAACGGCGGGAACCAUGGCUUUUUGGGGAGAAGAACACUCAGAUCAUCAGGGAGGCCAUUAGAGAGCGCUACGUCCUCCUGCCAUACUUGUACACACUCUUCUAUCGGGCACACACGGUGGCCGAGCCAGUUAUGAGGCCUCUUUGGGUAGAGUUUCCAGGGAAAAUAGAGACUUUUGGUGUGGAAAAUGAGUACAUGCUGGGAAAUGCUUUGUUGGUGCAUCCAGUCACGGAUCAAGAGGCCAAGGCAGUGAGUGUUCUGCUUCCAGGAUCAGAGGAGAUAUGGUAUGAUUUCAGAAAAUUUAAACGAAUAGGAGAUCCAGGCACUCUGAAGAUCCCUGUAACACUGGAGAAUAUUCCUGUAUUCCAGCGGGGAGGAACUGUGAUACCUCUGAAGACCACAGCUGGAAAAUCCACUGAAUGGAUGAUGGAUAUUCCUUAUGAACUCCAUGUGGCCCUGGAUACAGAGGCCUGUGCAAUAGGUGAGCUCUACCUAGAUGAUGGGCAUUCCUUUCAGUAUCUCCACAAGAAGCAGUUCCUGUAUCGGAAAUUCUCUUUUCACAAGAACAUUCUCUCUUCCAGCUGCACAGAUGAGAGUGGACAAUAUCACACAACAUGUGUAGUAGAACGGGUGAUAGUUCUGGGAUUUGGACAGCAACCCACUUUUGUGACAGCCUGUACCAAGGGUGGGAAACAAAAAGGAGUAAGUUUCACAUACGAUACGAAGACCUCUGCACUGACACUGGAAAAUUUAGCCCUGAGUGUUGGUGCUGACUGGGAGAUUUGCAUCAACUGAAAUGAGACACGACUUCUUCAGAGUAUUCAUUGAGAGGCUGAGGGAAAAUAAGUUGGGAGGACUUAAAAUCUUGACUUGAAUCCAGUAAAAUCAAGGAACUUAUUUCCCACCCCCCCCCAAAAUAACAUUUCCUACAAUUUUUACAGGAUUGUCAUGGUUGAAAAAGACCUCUUAAGAUCAUCCAACAUCCUCUUAAGAACAUCCAACUAUUUUUUCUUUUAAAGCACUAAUUCCAUCUUGCACAGCUCUUUGAUUUGGCAAAAGUAAUAGCACUAGGAUUUUAUCUUUGGGGAAAAAAAGGUAAAUAUUGUCUGCUCUGGGCCAGCUUCAGUUAGGCAUUGAGUUCUCACUGAGAUGGAGUUUAAUGUAAGUAUUUGGACAUCCCACUAUUCAGAGACUGGAGAACUUCAGAAAGGCAUAUCUGGGCUAGUUUAGCAAGCAGUACCAGUAGAUAUGCCAGAUGCAGAGGUUAUCAUCUGCUUGCAAGCUGCCUUGUGGAGACAAACUCAGAAGGAGACACCCUGUAUGAUUACAGACUCUUCCUCUUUCCAGUCCUUAUGACAAUGCAAAAUUAGGCACUCUGUAUAGGGAAGUAAACAGACAGGCUUAGCCAAACAGUUCAGUUACUGAAGGGAAGGUUUGAGGAGGUUGUGUCAGUUGCAUGAUAGUAAAAGGCAGUAAUGGGAUGGGGGGUGUAGAAGUCUCUCCAAUAGCUGAAUUUGAAACUAGUGUUUGGAUUAUCAAAAGGCACAGGGGUAAGUGCAAUACUGGCUUGGGGUAGUAGUGAGACUCAGGUGGAAACAUUUUCCAUGUUAUUGCUCCUCUCUCUCUUCAAAUACUAGUUAAAAAAUAGUCUCCUGUUAGGAAUAAAUUGUCAUUUUUGAAUAAUUGAAUGUCAUUGGUUAAAGCCAGACCAGUGAAGCAGCUCUGCUCAUAGAGAGCUUUGUUUCUCCACAUCCUCCAACAAGGUUUUGUUUCCUUUACAAAUAUUUUAAUAAUUUCUUGAUCAGUAUUUAGUACCUGUCUGAGACUUAAGCUUAUUUAUGAAGAUUUUUUAUUUUAAUGAGAUUAAUUCUGUGUUUAGGCAUCCCAAUUAAUGAUUAUUCCCCCGUUCUCUUAAAACUCACCCUAAUGCUGCUUUUCUCACCAUCUCUGUAAACAGAACUGGUGUGUCCUGCUGCUUUCUUUUAAACCAGGAGAUAUCCUGAGCCCUGUAUCACCUACCUGCCUGUUCCCACAGCCCUUUCUGUAUCAGCCAUCUCUUUUUGCAGGCUGCCAUUGCUCCUAGACUGAAGUUGCUUGCCUUUCCAUUUGCUAGGCUUGUCAACUGUAUUAUUUUAAAACCAAUUCUGCCUUGAGUCAAACUUGAACAUGCCAUCAGCUGGGUUUUGUGGAUAUAACAGGGUAAAAUUUACUUAUUUUAUUUGAGCACGAUAAGCAGCUAUUUUCUAAAAAGAUCAGCAAAUUAACUCCUAGGAAACAGAAGGACAGUCACCAUUUUUGCCAGCUAAGGGUAACAGAGCAGUCCAUUUGAACUCUGUUCCCUACUCUUCUUGCCAAGUCCUCCCUGUGCUUGGCCAGUUAUUCCCACCUGCUGCUGUUUGUCCUCUGCAGGGAACAGCAAGUGUGUGAGCAAACUGUGAUUACUCCACUCUUGACUACCAAAUGUAGUUUGUUCCAAGUGUAGUUUGUUCCCCACCAGGCCCUUAGGUUCCUUCUGUUUUAUUUUGCAGAGCUGUUUGUCAGGCCCUUCUGGGAGACAGUCUGAGCUUCCACACCAGAACGUGGCAGCCACAGUGCUGCUGUGCUUAAUGCAGACAAGUUAAUCCAGUAAGAACAGUAGCAAAUAGAUCUUUUACAUCUGUGAGAAAAAAAGACAUACCCUAUUUUUGAGACAAAUCCUAUUUUUCUAUCAGUUUCUAAGCCUUAAAUGCCAAUUCCUUCUUAUUUUUAAACACAGCAGUGCUUCUGACAGGCUAUAAUUAUUGACUGGGACAUUUUAAUGAAAUAAUUUAACUGGUAUUUCUGAAGUUGGGAAGUCAAUGAAAUAAAGUAACAAUGAAGCAA